GUGUUAUCCCUUCCGCUGGAGUGGGAAAAUUUGACGCCUUUACAGCGAAAGAUCGUUGCUUUUCUUCUUCAAGCUUUUGUGGCUGUGAGGUGAAGUAAAAGGUCACAAUUUGGCUGUUCUUCUCUAACUUUCAGGUGGAUUCCUCGAUCUUUUUUAUGUUCUUUGAGAAAAUUUUGUUCUUGAAUCGAUUGAAGAGUGAGGUGAACGAUGAAGACUAGGUUUUCCUUCGUUUAUGGUUCGUCUUGUUGGUAUACAUGACCUGAUUUUACUUUUAGAGUCGCAAAGUUGUGACCUUUUUCUUCUGUGUCUGAACCUUUGAUUUUGAGGCUCUUCUGAUUCUGAGGUUUUCUUUUCAAGAUGAGAAUGUAUACAGGAUUUAAAGUUAAAAAUUUUGAUAUUGAGAAAAGGUUUCGUGUUGUUAGAUGCGAUUGUUUCCAUUUUGGAUGGAAAGCUUUAUGUAUGUUCUUUAGCCAUUGAUAGUUCACUUGUAAAAUUAUUGUUCUGUUUGGUUUGAACUAUAAGUGCACAAAAUAUGAUGGAGAUGGUGUUGUUAAGGGACUGUGUUGCAGUUGGUAGUGUACUAUGUUUCUACUCUGGGAUGAAUUUUAGCUUGGAUAAAGUUAGAAGAAGUCAAAAUUCCUCCAUGGUGGAUAGUUCGGUGUUGUCGGGUAGUGCUUUCUGGUUAAGAAGAAGAAGAAAGAGUAAUGUGACAGUUUAUAGUUCCGAAUUUGGUUUGCUUUGUGAAAAGAAUGUGGAUGUUGGUUUGUCAUUUUCGAUGGGAGAAGGUCAUCAUCAAUUUCUGAAUAGAGAUGAACUUGAUUGUCCUUCUCGUGUAACACCGUUUAUUCCACAAACAAUGGACGAGCUGAAUGUCAAACCUGUCUAUUGCUUAUCGUCACUCGAACAGGAAAAAGGACAAGGUCUCUCCAAAAGAAAGUUGCAUUUUUUGGAGGAAAGGGAUGAAGGGUUGUUAUCAAAAAGAAUCUUGAGGCUUAGCAGGUCAAACAAAUCAAGAAGUGCCUUGGAAUUGUUUGUGUCAAUGGAAGUGACCGGCCUUCAACCAGAUGCACACGCUUGUAACUCUCUUAUCGCUUGUCUUGUACGUAAUGGAUCACUUGAUGAUGCCUUGGAAGUUUUUGAACUGAUGAGAAAGAAAGAGAUUGCUACCAGUCAUACAUACAGUCUAAUACUCAAGGCUGUCGCUGGUGUACAAGGUUGUGAUUCCGCAUUGAGAAUGUUCAAAGCAUUAGAAGGUGAAGUAACCACUGUAAAGAAUUUUGAUGUAAUUGUGUACAAUACGAUGAUCUCAGUGUGUGGAAAAGUGAAAAAUUGGUUCGAGACUGAAAUUCUGUGGAGAAAACUCAAGCAGAAUGCUGUUGCUGGAACAAUGCUAACAUAUGACCUGCUAGUCAGCACUUUUGUGCAGUGUGAUCAAACUGAACUAGCACUUGGGGCUUACCAUGAAAUGAUUCAGAAUGGAUUGGAACCAAGUGAGGAUAUUAUGAAGGCAAUAAUUGCUUCUUGUACCAAGGAUGGUGAGUGGGCUUUGGCUCUUCAGGUGUUUGAAAAGAUGUUGAGUGCCGGCAUUAAGCCUAAUGUGAUUGCUUACAACUCGAUGAUUAAUUGUCUUGGAAAAGCCGGAAAGUAUGACCUUGCCUUUAAGAUUUAUGGGCUCAUGAAAAAUUCUGAACAUAAACCAGAUGCUUAUACAUGGAGUGCAUUGUCAAGUUCUUUGUAUAGGAGUGGUCGGUAUGCUGAUGCUCUUCGGCUUUUUGAGGGCAUUAGGAAGGAUCAGGGUGAUCAGUUAAAUGCUUAUUUAUGUAAUGUAGCUCUCCUUUCAUGUCAGAAGCUUGCUUUAUGGGAACAUUCUUUGCAGCUCCUCUGGCAAAUGGAAACAAAUGGAAUACCUAUGUCGACAGAGUCCUAUAACCAUGUUAUCUUCACGUGUGAGGCUGCGAGGAAUCCGAAAGUUGCAUUGCAAGUCUACCAUCGUAUGAUUCACAACAAGUGCGUUCCGGACUUAUUUACGCACUUAUCGUUGGUAAGAUCUUGUGUUUGGGGAUCACUCUGGAAAGAAGCUGUAGACAUAUUGGAGUCUGUUGCGCCAAAUGCCUCCAUAUACAAUACAAUCAUUCAUGGGCUUCUUUUAAGAGGCAAGACUACAAUGGCAAAAAAAUGGUACGAUCGUAUGUGCGAGAUCGGGUUUAAACCAGAUGGAAAAACAAGAGCAUUAAUGCUUCAAGUCUACUCAAACGAGCGAGCCAGGCCACAUCCAAGAUAUAAAGUAUGGAAACAUUCUUAAUUAUUCAGCUCACGCGGUGCCGUGUGUUAAGAAACUUGUUGAAUGCAUACUCUAAGCUUUUGCUGUCAAAGGUGAACACACUGAGAUUCAAGUGUACAUGUCAAGAAGUUGAAACCAAACAGAGCAAGGAGAUUUAAUUUGAGCUCAAGUGCCUUCAUGGAUGAUCUAAAUCAAGGCUGUAAUUUGACAGCAAAUUAUGCUACUCUGGAUAACUCUUAUGUACAGAAAUAGAGCUUAAUCUGUAUGACUGUAUUUUCAUUUCCAUUUAGAUACCCAUUUGUCGAUAAUUAUAUCACAUGAACCUGGCAACUUAAGGAAAGCAUUCCAGGUAGAUUACAUUUGAUUAACAAAUUUCAUUUGUAUU